CGGCCGUCCGGGUGUCCUCGCGCAGCUCGUCCGCGCGCAGCCUGGCAGUUUUCCUCUUCUUCGCCCUCCAGCUUGCGUCCAUGGCCACCGCAGCGAACGAGGAGCCCUUCCCUUUCCACGGCCUCCUCCCGAAGAAAGAGACUGGGGCCGCGUCCUUCCUCUGCCGCUACCCGGAGUAUGACGGUCGGGGGGUGCUCAUCGCCGUCCUGGACACGGGGGUCGACCCCGGGGCUCCGGGCAUGCAGGUUACAACUGAUGGAAGACCGAAAAUCAUUGAUAUCAUUGACACAACAGGAAGUGGUGAUGUGAACACUGCUACAGUGGUAGAGCCAAAAGAUGGUGAAAUUAUUGGUCUUUCAGGAAGAGUGCUUAAGAUUCCUGCGAGCUGGACAAAUCCCUCAGGCAGAUACCACAUUGGCAUAAAAAACGGCUAUGAUUUCUAUCCAAAGGCUCUCAAGGAAAGAAUACAGAAAGAACGGAAGGAAAAAAUUUGGGACCCUGUUCACAGAGUCGCCCUUGCAGAAGCCUGUCGAAAGCAGGAAGAAUUCGACGUUGCCAACAAUUGCCCUUCACAAAUUCUUUCCCAUUAUAGAUUAUUACAAGAUAUUGAAUAUAGUUCCCUGUGCUAUACAGCAAAUAAGCUAAUCAAGGAGGAGCUUCAGAGUCAAGUGGAAUUGCUUAACUCUUUUGAGAAAAAAUACAGUGAUCCUGGCCCUGUAUAUGACUGCUUGGUGUGGCAUGAUGGUGAGACCUGGGGAGCCUGCAUUGCUUCAAAUGAAGAUGGGGAUUUGAGCAAAUCUACUGUUCUGAGAAAUUACAGAGAGGCCCAGGAAUAUGGCUCUUUUGGCACAGCUGAGAUGUUGAAUUACUCCGUUAAUAUAUAUGAUGAUGGAAACCUGCUCUCCAUAGUGACAAGUGGAGGAGCUCACGGAACACACGUAGCUAGUAUAGCUGCCGGGCAUUUUCCAGAAGAACCUGAACGGAGUGGCGUGGCUCCUGGCGCUCAGAUUCUUUCCAUCAAGAUCGGUGACACAAGACUCAGCACAAUGGAGACAGGCACAGGCCUUAUCAGAGCUAUGAUAGAGGUUAUAAAUCAUAAGUGUGAUCUUGUCAACUACAGCUAUGGAGAAGCAACUCACUGGCCAAAUUCUGGGAGAAUAUGUGAAGUAAUCAGUGAAGCCGUGUGGAAGCAUAACAUAAUCUAUGUUUCAAGUGCUGGGAAUAAUGGCCCCUGCCUUUCGACAGUUGGGUGCCCGGGAGGAACCACAUCAAGUGUGAUAGGUGUUGGUGCCUACGUUUCUCCUGAUAUGAUGGUUGCCGAGUAUUCUCUGAGAGAGAAAUUACCUGCAAAUCAGUACACGUGGUCUUCCAGAGGCCCCAGUGCUGACGGGGCCCUUGGAGUGAGCAUCAGCGCCCCAGGGGGCGCCAUAGCCUCUGUUCCUAACUGGACGCUGCGCGGAACCCAGCUCAUGAACGGGACGUCCAUGUCUUCUCCCAACGCGUGCGGAGGUAUCGCCCUGAUUCUGUCAGGUCUGAAAGCUAAUAAUGUUAACUACACAGUUCAUUCAGUCAGAAGAGCUCUCGAAAACACUGCAGUGAAGGCUGACAAUAUAGAAGUAUUUGCCCAAGGACAUGGUAUUAUUCAGGUUGAUAAAGCCUAUGACUACCUCGUUCAGAAUACAUCAUUUGCUAAUAAAUUAGGUUUCACUGUUACUGUUGGAAAUAACCGUGGCAUCUACCUCCGAGAUCCUGUUCAGGUGGCUGCACCUUCAGAUCACGGUGUUGGCAUUGAACCUGUAUUUCCAGAAAAUACUGAAAACUCUGAGAAAAUAUCCCUUCAGCUUCAUUUAGCUUUAACUUCGAAUUCAUCAUGGGUUCAGUGUCCCAGCCAUUUGGAACUCAUGAAUCAAUGCAGACACAUAAACAUACGUGUGGAUCCCAGGGGCUUAAGAGAAGGAUUGCAUUAUACAGAGGUAUGUGGCUAUGAUAUCGCAUCGCCUAACGCAGGUCCUCUGUUCAGAGUACCGAUCACUGCAGUUAUUGCCGCAAAAGUAAAUGAAUCAACCCAUUAUGAUCUGGCCUUGACAGAUGUACAUUUUAAACCUGGUCAAAUUCGAAGGCAUUUUAUUGAGGUUCCUGAGGGUGCAACGUGGGCUGAAGUUACGGUGUGCUCUUGUUCUUCUGAGGUGUCUGCCAAGUUUGUUCUUCAUGCAGUGCAGCUUGUGAAGCAGAGAGCCUAUCGAAGUCAUGAGUUCUAUAAGUUUUGUUCCCUUCCGGAGAAAGGAACGCUGACUGAAGCUUUUCCUGUCUUAGGUGGGAGAGCAAUUGAGUUUUGCAUUGCUCGUUGGUGGGCAAGUCUUAGUGAUGUCAAUAUUGAUUAUACCAUUUCUUUUCAUGGGAUAGUAUGUACUGCCCCUCAGUUAAACAUUCAUGCAUCAGAAGGAAUCAACCGUUUUGAUGUUCAGUCCUCCUUGAAAUAUGAAGAUCUGGCUCCCUGCAUAACUUUGAAGAGCUGGGUCCAAACACUGCGCCCACUGAGUGCAAAAACCAAACCUUUAGGAUCAAGGGAUGUUUUGCCAAAUAAUCGUCAACUUUAUGAGAUGAUCCUGACUUACAACUUUCAUCAACCCAAGAGUGGGGAAGUGACUCCAAGCUGCCCCCUGCUUUGUGAAUUAUUGUACGAAUCAGAAUUUGACAGCCAGCUGUGGAUUAUAUUUGACCAGAACAAAAGACAGAUGGGUUCCGGCGAUGCUUACCCUCAUCAGUAUUCUUUGAAACUGGAGAAAGGAGAUUAUACAAUUCGACUGCAGAUUCGUCAUGAGCAAAUCAGUGAUUUGGAACGUCUUAAAGAUCUUCCAUUUAUUGUUUCUCAUAGGUUGUCUAAUACCUUGAGCUUAGAUAUUCAUGAAAAUCAUAGUCUUGCACUUCUAGGAAAGAAGAAAUCAAGUAACUUGACAUUACCACCCAAAUAUAACCAGCCAUUCUUUGUUACCUCCUUACCUGAUGACAAAAUACCUAAAGGGGCAGGGCCUGGAUGCUACCUUGCAGGAUCCUUAACAUUGUCAAAGACUGACCUCGGAAAGAAAGCUGGGCAGUCUGCAGCAAAACGACAAGGAAAAUUUAAAAAGGAUGUAAUCCCUGUUCAUUACUACCUAAUAUCUCCACCUACAAAGACUAAGAAUGGCAGCAAAGACAAAGAAAAAGAUUCAGAAAAAGAGAAGGAUUUAAAAGAAGAGUUUACUGAAGCAUUACGAGAUCUUAAAAUUCAGUGGAUGACAAAGCUGGAUUCUAGUGACAUUUAUAAUGAAUUGAAGGAAACAUACCCUAACUAUCUCCCUCUGUACGUUGCACGACUUCAUCAGUUGGAUGCUGAAAAGGUUGGGCGUGUUCGAUUUUACUCUGAGUCUCUCACUUUGUUUGCAGUAUUAGAUGAGGAACGAAUGAAAAGACUUAACGAAAUUGUCGAAGCUGCAAAUGCUGUUAUUUCUCAUAUAGAUCAAACGGCCCUAGCAGUUUAUAUUGCGAUGAAGACUGACCCCAGGCCCGAUGCAGCUAUUAUAAAAAAUGACGUGGACAAGCAGAAGUCGACGCUCGUAGACGCCCUGUGUAGGAAAGGCUGCGCCCUGGCCGACCACCUUCUCCAGGCCCGGGCGCAGGACGGGGCUGCAUCAGGCGACCUGGAAGGGAGAGAGGAGGAGGGAGAGAGCGCCCUGGAUUCUCUGACAGAAACUUUCUGGGAAGCUACAAAAUGGACCGAUCUUUUCGACAGUAAGGUUUUGACAUUUGCAUACAAGCAUGCCUUCGUAAAUAAAAUGUAUGGGAGAGGCCUUAAAUUUGCAACUAAACUUGUGGAAGAAAAACCAACAAAAGAAAACUGGAAAAAUUGUAUUCAACUGAUGAAGCUGCUUGGAUGGACCCAUUGUGCAUCUUUUACUGAAAACUGGCUCCCCAUCAUGUAUCCUCCUGAUUACUGUGUAUUCUAAAAUAGGAACCAAGACUUUAAAUUUUAAAAAAGAAAGUUUUAUAGUGAAUGGAUAUAAAAAACAGAUUUGUGGCAUUUUUAGUCUAAUGCAUGUUUUCAUCUGCUAUCAAAUACUGAUUAUUAAAAUGACGUGUAUUUAUCAGAGAA